UCAGAGAAGAAGAGGUGCGUCUCUUUACGGAGCUGUUUCCGGUGCUGCGUGUAAACAAAGCCCGUUAGCGGCUCCGUGAGGACUAACCGACGGUAAUCAGAGCCCGCGGAUCCGGAUCCGAGAGUCUGAGUGAUGGACUGAGCGGAGCCGGCAGGAUGUCCAUGGAAGACCCGUUCUUCGUCGUCAAAGGCGAGGUGCAGAAAGCAGUGAACGCUGCUCAGAGCCUCCAUCAGAGAUGGAGUGAGCUGAUGGCGGAGGGGGGCGGAGCCUCCAAGGAGGAGAUAGACUGGACGACCAAUGAGCUGAGGAAUAGCCUGCGCUCUAUUGAGUGGGACCUGGAGGACCUUGACGAGACAAUCAGCAUCGUCGAGUCAAACCCAAAGAAGUUCAACCUGGAUGCUGCUGAGCUGUCGAAGAGGAAGGCCUUCAUCAGCAGCAUGCGGCACACCGUUAAGGAAAUGAAAGAUCAGAUGUCAAUUCCAGCUGCUGCUUCUGACCGAAAGAACAAACAGGCUCUGCUGGUUGAACGUGGUGCUCAGGGUCCCAUAUGGCAGCCCGGUGCAGAUAAGUACAGCAGGUUGGACCGCCAGCUGCAGAACGCCAACUUUCAGUUCAUUGAGGAGCAGCAGAUCCAGCAGCAGGUGAUUGUGGAGCAGCAGGAUGAGCAGCUGGAGCUGGUGUCGGGAACCAUCGGUGUGCUAAAGAACAUGUCGGAGCGGAUCGGCAUGGAGCUGGAUGAACAGGCUGUGAUGUUGGAUGACUUCAGCCAUGAGAUGGACAACACUCAGUCCAAACUGGACAACGUGAUGAAGAAGCUCGCCAAGAUCGCCGUCAGUGGUGCGCCAUCGGUGUGCUCCUUGCCAUCCUCUUUGUCAUCAUCCUCCUCUUCUUCAUCCUCUGAUCAAUGCCUCCAACUAUCGACAUCAAACUUGUCUUAAUCCCAUCUACUGGACUCUACCUGACUUUAUUUAGACUCUACUGGACUUUCUUUGGACUCUUUGGACUAUGGAUUCUUCCUGCUGAUCAGGCCUGAACAGCACUUUUGGUUGGUUAACUGUUAGAACCACUUCAGAGGUCAAAGGUCAUGUGUGAUGUGUUUUUGUUUGUUUUUUAAAUUUAAAACUCUAAAAAUAACCAGUUUCACUCCAGUCUAAAGUGGACUUACGCUGCUCAUUUCUACAGUAUCUUUGCGUGAGUUACAGCUCAAAAUAGCCCUCCUGUAGCCUUUGUUCAACCCCUUAGUUCAUCCUCCAUCUCUUCAAGACCACAGGGUUGCCUGCCCCUCAUAAAUAGAAGGUAUGAACAGUGGGUGGGUGGAGCAUCUAUUCCCUCUCUAUGUGUCUCUCUAGUGUCUAGAGCAUUCCGAGCUAUUGGCUCACAGAGAUUCCUGUAUGCAGUGACCUCCUUAUUAGAAAUUUUCUUUAAUAUGAACAUCCAUCACAGGAAAUACAUGGCAGGAAGUGAAGAGAGCAGGUCCACUUUGAAGACACUUUUAUCCAAGUGUUGAAUACUAAUGUCAUGUCAGCAUUUUAACUCACAUUUAGUUCAGUUUAAACUGGUUUACUUUACUGCAGUACUUUAAAACUGAAAUAGAAACACUAAAACUUGUUUUGUUUUUAUUGACUGAAACUUUGUUUUAUUUUAUUAUUGUUUAUGUUACCAUUUGUUUUCUGAAUUGAUCACGUGCAGCAUACUGAUCAGCAGAUGUAUUGAUCUGUGGAUGACUUACUGUGCCUCCUUCAGUAUAAAAGCCUUUCUGCAGGGCUCCUCUGGAAAGCUUUUAAUGUGAAGCAGCAAGUGAUAUCCUGAAGGCUGGUAAGCAAGUUAGUUUAAAACAGGUGACAGCAGCAGCCAAUCCAUUGUCCCACAUCAUCAGGUUUAUGGUAUGUGGCGGUGAUUCUCAUGCAGCUGUUAAAAUGUUUCCUAAAUAAAUGAAAUCACAAUUCUGAACUCCAAACACAAAGAACUGAAAUAAAGGUUGUGACUUACCUGAAAUUUCACCUGCUUUUACACUAAAGAUUAUCCAGACUGCUCAUGUUUCCUCAAAACUUUAUUCCUUACACUAAACAAUAACAAUAAAUAAUCAAAGAGUGACUGAAUGGAAAAAGCUGUUAAUGAUCGGUGAUAAAUUGCUAUCAGCUGAUCAAUGUUGAGAUGUAUAUGGAGCUGAAUUUUUUUUUUAUUCAAUAAAGUCCAGAAAAGAAAAUCAGACUGACCUUUUGAUUAAUGGAUGUUUUAAUCUGGCCUGAUUGAUUUUAGUUAUUGAACAAUGAUCAGUUUUAAUUUUUGGCAGGUCCCAAUAUCUUUCUCAACAAUAUUUAUACUUUUUGUUAAAAAAAAUUUAAAAAACCAAAAACGCUGAAGGGAAAUUAAAAAAAACAAGCUACUU